AUGGUGGCAAUAGAGUACGAACGGUGUGUUCGAUUUGAGGAUAGCCUCAGAGAUGUUUUAAGAAGGUUUAAGAAAAAGCCCAGAGUUGAUGGAAUAAUCAGAGUUAGGACCCCUGCUGCUGUUACUACUGGACCACAGUUUUGUGUUGAUUGUGGGAAACACCAUCAGGGCAAAUAUUGGAAAAAGAUAGGUACAUGUCUGAGAUGCAGAUCAUUGGAGCAUCGUGUCAAGGAUUUUCCAUGGAGGCCCGAGCAAGUGCAAGCUGCUGGUUUUGAUGAGGAGGUAGUGGUAAUUGGGGAACGGCAGAACUAUUUGAGUAAUGUAAUUUCUGCGCUAAGGUCUGAGAAAUUGGUUCGCAAUGGUUGUGUGGCGUUCUUGGCAUACAUCGGUGUUUCAAAUAUUGGGAACUCUUCAGUAAAAAAUAUCAGGACUGUUAGAGAUUUUUCGGACGUCUUUCAGGAAGAGUUACUGGGGUUACCUCCAGAGCAUGAACUGGAGUUUGGGAUUGAGCUCCUUCCUGGUACAGUUCCGGUGUCCAUCGCGCCAUAUAGAAUUGCACUGAAGAAGCUUGUGGAGCUUAAGACCCAGAUUCAAGAACUAUUGGACCAUGGGUUUAUCUGA